AUGGCUGGCCCGCAGCAGGCCCCGCACCUCCACCUGGCCGAGCUCACCGCCUCCCAGUUCCUCGACGUCUGGCGACAUUUCGACACGGACGGAAAUGGCUACAUUGAAGGCAAAGAGCUGGAAAACUUCUUCCAGGAGCUGGAAAGCGCAAGGAAGGGGGCGGGUGUGGACUCCAAGAAUGACAACUUGGGCGACAAGAUGAAGGAGUUCAUGCACAAGUACGACAAAAACGCUGACGGCAAAAUCGAGAUGGCGGAGCUGGCCCAGAUCCUGCCCACGGAGGAGAAUUUCCUGUUGUGUUUCCGCCAGCACGUGGGCUCCAGCUCGGAGUUCAUGGAGGCUUGGCGCAGGUACGACACAGACCGCAGCGGCUACAUCGAAGCCAAUGAGCUCAAGGGCUUCUUGUCAGACCUGCUGAAGAAAGCGAACCGGCCCUACGACGAGCCCAAGCUGCAGGAGUACACACAGACCAUCGUUUUCUUUCUAGCCAUCUUGGUGCAUGUGUCUGCCCAUUUCAGAAGCCCAAUUUUUAGCUGCUUUUUUUUUCCUUUCAGCUCAUGGUGGUCCCAUGUGGAGAUGGGUCCCCCCGACCCUAUCCUGGGGGUGACAGAAGCUUUCAAGCGCGACACCAACUCCAAGAAGAUGAAUCUGGGUGUGGGGGCGUACCGGGAUGACAAUGGGAAGCCGUUCGUCCUGAACUGUGUUCGCAAGGCGGAGGCCAUGAUAGCAUCCAAGAAGAUGGACAAGGAGUACUUGCCCAUUGCAGGGCUAGCGGAUUUCACCCGGGCAUCUGCAGAACUGGCUCUGGGUGAAAACAGUGAGGCUUUCAAGAGCGGCCGGUACGUGACUGUGCAGGGUAUUUCUGGGACUGGAUCUCUGCGAAUUGGAGCCAACUUUUUGCAACGGUUCUUCAAGUCUAGCCGUGAUGUGUAUCUACCCAAACCAUCCUGGGGCAAUCACACACCCAUUUUCCGUGACGCUGGCUUGCAACUUCAGGCUUACCGCUACUAUGACCCCAAGACGUGCAGCCUUGACUUUUCUGGAGCCAUGGAUGACAUUUCCAAAAUUCCAGAGAAGAGCAUCAUCCUAUUGCAUGCUUGUGCUCACAACCCCACUGGGGUGGAUCCCCGGCAGGAGCAAUGGAAGGAAUUGGCAGCUAUGGUGAAGAAACGAAACCUCCUUGUGUACUUUGACAUGGCCUACCAGGGCUUUGCCAGCGGGGACAUCAACCGGGAUGCCUGGGCUGUGCGGUAUUUCAUCGAGCAGGGCAUCAACGUCGUCUUGUCACAGUCCUACGCCAAGAACAUGGGGCUGUAUGGAGAGCGUGCGGGUGCCUUCACGGUGAUCUGCAGUGAUGCAGAGGAAGCCAAGAGGGUCGAGUCACAACUGAAGAUCCUCAUCCGCCCCAUGUACUCCAACCCACCCCUGAACGGAGCCCGCAUUGCCUCUAUCAUCCUCAACACCCCUGACCUACGGAAGGAGUGGCUCGUAGAGGUGAAGGGCAUGGCUGACCGGAUCAUCAGCAUGCGGAAUCAGCUGGUGUCCAACCUCAAGAAAGAAGGAUCCUCCCACAACUGGCAGCACAUCACUGACCAGAUCGGCAUGUUCUGCUUCACAGGGCUGAAGCCUGAGCAGGUGGAGCGGCUGAUCAAGGAGUUCUCCAUCUAUAUGACAAAAGACGGACGAAUCUCUGUGGCGGGAGUUACAUCGGGCAAUGUAGGUUACCUGGCUCAUGCCAUCCAUCAAGUCACAAAAUAAAGACAAAGGUGUGCUCUGGAGCUAGUGGCUUUCCCCUCCCCACCGGUUGAAGAUGGGGAGGGAAAGGAAACAAACAGAGUAUUUCCAACCACAACACUUGACGCCGCUGCUGAAUGUAUCUUGUAGAUGAGUUGUUGUAGAAGCCUAGUCAAAACCGCCCUGUGUUGUGGAGCGGGGACGUCAUUGCUGGCUCCUGCUCGUCACAGCCGUUCUGCCCUGCUGUCCAUCCUUUAUCCAUCCGCCCCGGCACCCAUCUGCGCUGGAGGGAGAAAAUGCUCCGCGCUGCCAUCCUACCAGCUCAGGCACCAAAGCCUUCCUCACACUCGUUUCUCCAUGAAAAGGCUUUUGUUGAGGCUGUUGGCUGCUGGCCUAAGUGGCAGCAGGCGAGAAGCUGGGUGGGAGGGCUGCUCAGGUGCACCCCUGCUGCCUUCUCAGCGGGGCCCUGCUGCCAGCAGGCUCCAUCCUCCACCCCAUGGAACUGGGCAGUGCCAAGGCUGCCCUCCAACAACCAACUCGGAGGACUUCUCGCUACUAAAAUCCGCUCCAUUGUUGGCUUCGCUCUUUCCAUCUGGGAGUCUCCUUUCGGGUGUAAUUCACAGUGGCAUUGGUGUGUGGGGUGGAUUCAUGUCCCUCCUCUAAACCUGCCUCAUUCUCCUGACGUCACUCCUGUGCCCUGAGGUGAAACCAUUUCUCACUACCCCAAUAAGAACCUCUGAAAAGUGUUCUGUUGGUCUCUGCCUGUUCCUGUACCAACUCCAGCAGCCCUCCCUCUGUGGGUGUCCCAAAGCCAUAAGCUCACGUGGGGGUGCAGGGUGUCCCUCUCAUCUGCUUCUGUUCAGCUGAAUUUCUGGUGACACUAGAAAAUGGGAGGGAAAGUCUGAGAGCUGAUGACUCAAAAAACAUUCUGUCCUAAA